CGCAACUCAAGAGUCUGUAUUGGAUCUGUACUAGAAAGCGGAAUGCAAAACACGUAGUGUGUAAUCACUGGGCAAAACGUACGUGUAAACCCGCCUUAAACAUCGAGUCGCUUCGUGAUACUGUCAGAUAAGAAAACUAAAAAAAAAAACAAAACAACUUUUUUACUACGAUCUUGGUAGUUAAAAACGUUCUGCAUAACCGAUUGAAAAUUAGUCUAAUUAUAUUAGCAAAUUUUCCCGAAAUACUUGUAAAAUCGGGUUUUAUUGAUGCAAGGUGUUCAAGGCGGUAUUUAAAUCAUGGACGCAUAAAAUGGGUGGCCUCGAUAUAUUUGGCAACGCUUUCUCCUGUCAGAUGACAGCUGAUAAAAAUGAGGUUAAGGGUGAAUCAUUUUUUAUAAACAGUGCACCAAUUUUAAUCCAAAUCAUAUGAAAACAAACAUUGCACACAAUGUCUGAUAACGUAGAAAUAGACCCUGGCGCUACUCAUGAGAGUGGCCUAGUCACCACCAAUUCUUUCGACAAUCUGGAACGUAUGAGCUCCAGCUUGGAAGAAAUCAAAAGUACAAACGCAAUAUCACAUAGUGAAGAUUCUAACGAUAACUCUAACAUAGAGCAACUGGAAGAAAGUACAAACUAUGUUAAAGACAAUGUCGAAGAAGGCGAGAUCGAAGUUAGCAGAGAAUGGACUAGUAAAAGCAAGCAUAUAUUUGUACUCAGUCAAGCAGGAAAGCCAAUUUAUUCAAGAUAUGGGAAUGAGGAUAAGUUGGCUUGGCUUUUUGGUGUAAUGCAGACCCUAGUCAGUUUUAUACAAUCUAGCGAUGAUACUAUCAAAAGUAUACAUGCUGGUGAUACUCAUUUUGUAUUUUUAAUAAAGAAACCAUUGAUCUUAGUUGCAGUCCACAAAACUCAGGAGAGUGAACAACAACUUAUUACUCAACUAAAUUAUGUUUUCAACCAAAUAACAAGCAUACUAACACUCACAAGACUGAAGAAAAUAUAUGAACAGCGUCAGAAUUAUGAUCUUAGAAGGCUUCUAACUGGAGUAGAAAGAUUAAUAGACCAUUUGUUGGAUUUCUCAGAGAAAGAUCCAUCAUUCCUUUUAGGUGCUGUUCAAUGUCUACCACUCGCAAACUCAGUUAGGGACAAUAUCAGCUCAGCAAUUAUCUCAUCUUGUAAUAAAAUCAAGAAUUUAGUGUUUGCAAUAUUGCUAGCUGACAAUAAACUCAUCACACUAGUUCGUAUGAAGAAAUACUGCCUCCAUCCUGGAGAUUUACAUCUGAUCUUUAACCUAGUUCAAGCCUCAGAAAGUUUGAAGAACUCUGAGAGUUGGACACCAUUAUGUUUACCAAAGUUUGAUGCCAGUGGAUUUCUGUAUGGUCAUGUAUCUUACCUAGCAGAAGACUGUCAGGCUUGUUUGUUACUUUUAACCGUGGAUCGUGACGUAUUUUUCACACUGAGCGAGGCCAAGCAGCGCAUUGUCGAACGCCUUCGUCGAGGGAACUGUUUAGAAGCUAUAAAUGAAGCAGUGGUCUCCAGUGAUGCCGACUGGAAUGGCGCCGGGUUUCCAGAGCUGAGACAUUACCUUUACAAAUGCAAGUCCACGGCGCAGUUCUACCAGCCGCCGUUAGGGCCCCCAUAUUCGCUGAGCCUCCGUCGUCUGAUGGACGUUUACAAGAGGUCACACCAACGAUUGCACUCCUCCGCUCGUCCUUUGAAGCUGGCCUUCGAGAGGUCUGCCAACGAAGCUGUUCUCGCAUGGGAUACGCGGGGAUUCGAACUCUACGCGACCUUUGAACCUCUCACAUCGACAGCGGCAAUUAUCGCUUCCGUGGGAAAGUUGCUGGAUUGGGUUAAGAAGCGCGAAGAUAAGUUGUUUUGCUUAAAUGCGCCUACUUUCUGAAUUAUAUGUUUUGGGGUCGAAAGGUAUAUUCUAACUAACCUUGGGCAGUUCAAAUUCGGAUUAACAAAGAUUCUUUAGGCUCCUGAUAGUAGCCGCGGUGCCCUAGUAUUUAGGCUUUUGAUGGAAGGAAAUUAUCCUUUAUUGUUUGUUGUUGACAGAUUGUCAUGUAAUAAAAAUCAAAUCCUACUGGAUGUUUGCAGGAGGAAAAAAACGAGUAAUUCGCAUGGUCACUGAAAAACAUUUUUAGAAAGAGAAUACCUUAACUUGUGAUAGUAUGGGCAUCUAUCUGAAAGAUAUUGUUUCUUAUGUGGAACAGCUUGUUAGGCAAUAUACAUCCAUUAUUAAAUAUAAUUUAUUGUAAUUCUCUUGUAUAUAUUGUGAUAAGUGUAUGAUUUUCUUACAAAUUUGAUACCGAAAAAAUACAAGGAAUCUGUUGAAACAUAUUUUUAUACAUUGUCUUUUUUCUCCUCUGUAAUUAUUUUGUUGAAUUUUAAACAUGCUAUUAUGUGAUUCAAUUUAAAAAAUAUUGUUUCUGUUGUAUAUUACUAUUAUUUUCAUAUUCAUGUGAUCAUUGAUACCUAUGAUGUUGAAUAAAUUGUAGAGAUACAUUAUUGUUAAGAAUGUGCAUUAAAAUUAAAAUAACUUGAAC